AUGAAGUUGCUGUUGUUCUUUUUCAUAUCGUCUAUCUUCCUUCAGCUGACCUCUGGGAAAAGGAUAUUAAAUUUUGAUAACAUCAUUAAACAUCUUAAGGAAAGCAAAUUAUUGCCUGAAGAUAUCCCUCACGUUUUAGAAAAUGACAUAAUUAUAGUUCCUCCUUAUUUAAUUUAUAAAUAUAAAGGAAAAAUAUAUCACCUACAUAAUAAUGUAGACCUUACUUUGAUAAACCAUCCUGAAGAAGAUUCAUGCGAUAAGGAAGAAAUUUGGGAAUCCCCAUUUCCUCCUAAAGUACCGGAACCGGAACGACCACACGAACCAGAAAUGGAACCUCAGGUUGAACCCGAACCAGGACCAUUGCCUGAAGAGGUCAGAGAACCUGAACCGGAACCAGAAGCAGAACCAGAAAAAGAAUUAGAAAUGGAAGAACAAGAAGAAGUGAUUGAAGCUGAUAUGGUAUUAGACGAAGAAACUGGAAUUAAAAUCCCUAAAAAGACAGAACAAGAUGUCCUAGAAGUAAGCAAAUUUCGAGAAGAAUAUGAAUUACCUAACGUUGUGGAAUUAACUCCUGAAGAGAAAGAAAAGAAUAAUAUUUUACAUUUUGCAGGUAAUAAAAGUACAGCUUUCAAUUUAAAAGAGAUUAUAAAUUAUAAAAAAGAUGAAAGUUUAAUGAAUAGUUUAUCUAGUUCCUUUGAUCAUUUUUAUACUCCUAAUGUUGAAGAACGAAAUUUGAGUAAUGCUUAUAAUGUGGAUAUUAAUGAUUAUUAUGAUUUAUUAAGAGCGUUACAUAUAUUAUGUAAAGACGAAGAUAAUAAGUUAUAUACAAUAAAUAGAAUACCUAAAGAUGAGUUAUUAUUUUUUCUUAAGCAUGCAUAUGUAAAUAUAUAUAAUUCUUUAAAAAAAUAUAUUUUAUUAAAUGGCUAUAAUUUUGAAGAUUAUAUAUAUACCUCUGAGAAUUUUACUUUAGAUCAAAUUUUUAAAGAUUAUUUUUUUUUAUCAAACGAUGAUACUAAUGAAAAUGGUAGUUUUAAUAAUAUAAUCGAAAGUAUAAAAUAUAUCAAGAAAGCUAUAGAAAAAUUAAAUGUAAAAAGAAUAGAAGAGAAGAUAAAAUAUUUUUUUCAAAUAUAUGAGGUACAUGCUUUUGAUUUUAAAUUAUUACAUUAUAUAUUUUCUCGAAAUCAGUUAUUAAAUUAUAGUGAAGAUGAUUUAAUUCACCACGCAGUAGAUAUUAUGAAUAUUACAAGGAUAGAUAUAUCUCCAAGGGUAAUAUCUGCCUUAUUUAUGUAUUUCUUAAAUAAGGUAAAUAUAUUUCUUGUACCACAAUAUGUAACAAGAAAUAGAAAUGACUUUACAUUAUUAUUGGAGCACAAUGAUUUAUUAUUAAGGACAGAGAUAAUAUAUCGAGAUUUUUUAAAACAUUUUUUUAAGCAUAAAACACCUCAUGUACAUUUGAAAAAAAACAAUCAUGAUAAUGCAUACCAAUUAGUUCCGUGGUCUCAAGUAUUGUUUUCUGAAUUUAAUAGUACCUAUGACUUUUUGAAUUUUAAAUAUAUGAUCAUAUUGUUUCAUGAUUCUUAUCAUGCUUUUGUAGAUUAUUUUGAAGGAGAUGAUAAAUUAAAUCAAGUAUUGAAUGAUAAUAAAGAGAAUAAGACCAUUGAUAAUUUAGAUAAAUUUUUUAAUGAGUUAUUAAAUUUGUUUUUAAUAGAAAAUGUAGGAAUAUUAUCGACAUUGGAAGAAUAUUUUGUAAGUACUGUAAAACAAGUUGGACGAGUACUUUCAGAUGAUCAUGACAUUGAUUCGAAAGAAUAUACGGAGAAUUAUUUUACUCCAGAAGAAGAAGAGCAAGCUUUAAAAGAUUUUAAAGAAGAUGAGGCUUCUGUACAUCAUUUGGAUCAUUACGAUAAUAAUAUGGAUCCUUAUUAUGAAUAUCAAGGCGAAUUUGGUAGUUAUGAAGAAGAAGAGGAUGAACUCAGAAAAUUUAAAGAAGAUGAACCUGAACCAUGGCCUCUUGAUGAAUCGCCUCACAUAGAACAUGGCACAUUGCAUGAUGAUGAAUUAAAUCCUUUUCAGGAGGAAAAAAAAGAUGAUGAAUCUUUUUAUACAUCAGAAGAUGAGGAUACAUUAGAUCAUUCCCAUGAAAAAGAAGAUGAUGUGUCACAUCCUGAGCACGAAGACCACAACGAAGGUUAUAUACCUCAUACGUAUGAUGACGAUUCUUUUUUUACUGAUGAAGAAGAUGACGAAGGGGAUGAAGUAAAUGAAGAAAAUGUUCCUUUGAAUCAUGAAGAAGAAAAUGUUCCUUUGAAUCAUGAAGAAGAUAAUUUUCCUUUGAAUCAUGAAGAAGAUAAUUUUCCUUUGAAUCAUGAAGAAGAAAAUGUUCCUUUGAAUCAUGAAGAAGAAAAUGUUCCUCUGAAUCAUGAAGAAGAAAAUGUUCCUCUGAAUCAUGAAGAAGAAAAUUAUAAUUCAUUUUUAUCUUACCAAAAAUAUGAUGAAAGGGAUAUAUCACCUCAUAAUGUGAAUCAACACAAAAAAGAAAUAUUUCACCAUAGGAAUAUUACACCAUAUCAUGUGAAUCAUCACAACCAACAUAUGGACCAACAUGAUCACCAUAUAGAUCAUCACAAUCACCAUAUAGAUCAUCACAAUCACCAUAUAGAUCAUCACAAUCACCAUAUAGAUCAUCACAAUCACCAUAUAGAUCAUCAAGACCACCAUAUAGAUCAUCACAAUCACCAUAUAGAUCAUCACAAUCACCAUAUAGAUCAUCACGACCACCAUAUAGAUCAUCACGACCACCAUAUAGAUCAUCACAACCACCAUAUAGACCACAAAAGUAAUAACCAAUUCUUACAGAAACAUCAAAAUUAUGUAAGGGGACACUCCUCAUUUAUCACCAUAUCCGAAGGAGAAGAAAAUCAUGACAACAGGGAGCUGAGAAAAAAGAUCGAAGCGAACCUUAAAGAAGAAUGGAAAAAAAGAUUCAACGAACAACAGGAACAGAGAGAAAGAAAGAAAAAAGCAGAAGAAGACGAAAUGAAUGAGACCAUUCAAAAACAUGAUAUGGAAACAAGCAAAUUAGAAAAAAAAGAGGAAGUGGAUGAAGUAACACAAGAUGAAGAAUUUGAUAAACAAUAUGCAAUAGACGAUCAAGAAGAACUCGAAUUUCUACGAACUAGAGAUAGUGAAGGUUCCGAAUCUGAUGUACCAAAAGAUAAAGUAAAACCUUUUCCAGAUGGAAGAAGUCCAGAUUCUUUUUAUUAUAAUACAGCCAUUAGCUCAUUCCAUGAAAAAAUGGAAGAACUUUAUAAUACAUCUAUAUCUAGUAGUUUAAAUUAUGUUAAAGAAAUAAAUCGUAAAUUUGAUGAUGUAUAUAAAGAAUUAAAAUCGAAAACAUAUCCUAAAUUUGAUGAUUUGACUAGCCAAACAAAAACAAAUUGUAAUAAGUUAUUUCAAAAAUUAAAUGAAACAAUAAAAGAUAAAGAAUAUCAAAAAAAUAUACAAUCAUAUAAAAAUAAAGUAAUCGAUAUAUUAGAUGAUAUUCAAAAAAAGGCUAAUGGGAAAUAUAUUAUUAUUCAAAAUUUAAUAAUCGAAAAAAUAGACAUUUAUAAAGGUGAUGUUGUUCGUUUAUCUGAUCGUAAAUUUUAUAAAAACUUUAGAAAAGUUUUAGGAAAACGAAAAAUGAAAAUGUUAGAAGAUUUUAGAGCACAGUUUAAAGGUGCAAUUCGAUUUAUAAAAGAUUUAACUACUACAUAUAUGGAAGAAGAAUAUACAAAGGUUUUAGAAGAUAUAUAUAUGGAAAAAAAGAAAUAUUAUAAAGAAGAAUAUUCAAAAAUGAGAAGAAUUAUAUCUAGUAAUUUAGAUUAUGAGGUUAAUAAACAAAUAAAAGAACAUUAUCAUAAAGUAGAUACCAUUUCAGAGCAUAAAUUCCAGGAAAUACGACAACAUAUGAGAGAUAAAAUAGAAAAUACAAUACAUGAAUUAUAUAAAGAGAUGUAUGUUCAAAUACAAAUAGAUUUAACAAAUUAUUACCACCAAUUAGAAAAUAUUCAUUCUGAGCUUCUCCAAGCAUUACAACAAAAUAAAAACAUACCUAGACAUUUGAAUGUCUUAGAAAAAAAAUUAGAAAUAACAAAAAGAAAGAAAAAAAAUAAACCAGAUAUAUCUACUAGUUCUCAUGCGACAGAUGAACAACAGGUUAGUGAUACCUUAAUUAGAGGAGCACAUAAUCAUGGAGAUAUUAUAAAAGGCGAAGACAAUGAUGAAGUGUUAUUAAUUGAACAGAUUCAAAGUUUAAAAACGAAAAUGGGAGAUAAUCAAAACCAAGUGGGUUCUAUUUUAGAAAAAUUGAAUAAUUUAAGUGAUCAAUAUCAAUUAUUACAAGACAAAUUAAAUGUAGUAGAAGACAUAUAUAAAAACUUAAGAAAUUUUAAACAUUAUAUAGAAAAAUUACAUAAAGAAAGUAAAAUAAAUAGAGAAAAAUUUAUCACAAAAGUAGAUGUAUUAUCAAAUGUAUAUUCUACUUUAGAAUAUAUGGUAAAAUUUUUACUGCAUGAUUUCCAAGAAUGGUCUUUUGAAAAAGAUGAACUAGAAAAACAUUUAUAUGAACUUGAAGAAAGAAAAAAAUAUAUUACAUUAGAAAUACAAAUAAGAGAUACGUUAUCUACAAAUAUACAAAAUGGAGAAGGUGAUCAUAUUAAUAAUAAUAAUAAUAAUAAUAAUGUUAGGAACAAUUUGAAAAAACAAGUUUUAAAAGAUCUAGAUCUCGAAAUAAGCAAACUAAAAGGUCAUAUAUUAGAAGUAGAUAUAAAAAAAAAUAUUGCACUAGAACAAAUAAAUUAUCUAACAAACAAUACUAAUGAAACCGUACCAGAUGUUAUUAGGGAUCUUAUGCCUGCUCCUAGAAUAGUUCCAGUAUCUGAAGAUAUAUAUGAUUACAUAACAUGGGUAAGAGAUAAUACAGCUGUAAUAAAUAAUACCUUAAGACAUUUUGUUAUGACUUUUGAUCAAAAAAUAUAUGACUAUGAUGAUCAUUUAAUUUUUGUUUAUAAUAUUAAAGAAUUAAUAUAUAAAGAAAAUUUAGCUGAUGAAAAAUAUAAUGCUAACUAUUAUUACGAAAUGAAUCGAUUUUAUUUACAUUUAGAAGAAUUCUUUUAUAUUUUGAAGCAUUAUGUAGAAUUAAGGAAGAUACAAGAUUUAGGAGAAGUUGCAAUUCCUUCUUUUGAAGAAAAUAUAAAAACAAAGGGUUCAUUGAUAGAUGUUCAUCAAAAAGACAAGGACGGAACACAAAUAAUAGAAUAUUUAGAAAGAAAUGUAUUACAUAUAUAUAGUAUAUUAAGAAAUAUCAAAAAUAAUAAUAUUCAUUUGUAUCACUAUCUAGUACCAGAUUUAAGUAACAUUUUGAUUGAUCCUGAGGAGUUUAAAAAGAUGAGUAAUGGGGAACAACCUGAACUUAAUAAAUUACACAAAUAUUUGUUAGAUGCAUAUACAAAUUUGAAAAAAGAGGGACAAGUGGUUGAUCAAAUAUAUGUGGAGUAUAUAAAUUUUCACAAUCAUUUUGAGCAUACGUAUGAUAAAUUGUUGUGGUACAAAACUAUACUGAAGCGUUAUAUAGAGAGAAGUAAAAAAAUUUAUGAAAAGUCAUACGGCACGUAUACUGUGUCUCAUAUACAACUAUAUGAUAAUAAGAAGGAUGGCCAUGACAAUCACCAUGACCAACACCAUGACAAUCACCAUGACCAACACCAUGAUCAUCACCAUGAUCAACACCAUGACCACCACCAUGAUCAUGACCAACACCACAAUAAUAAUUACAAUUAUAAUAAUAUUUCCUUUCUUCGCUCCUUUGUCCAACUUAAUUAUCAUAAUACAUUACAUGAAAGGAGCGACCACAUAUUUUUGAAAUCCCCUAUUUUACUACAAUAUGAUCCGGAAAAGAUUGUAGAGUCUAAUGAGAAAAGGCAUAUUCGAGUUAUUAGAGAUCAGAACAAUUUUCCUUAUAAACUCGGAGAGGUAAAAGAGACAUAUGUAUUAAACAAAAGUAUUCAUGACAAAUUUGUAAAAAGUAAAAAAUUGGAUGAAUACAAGAAAUACAUGAAUAAUAAAUUAUACGACAUCGUACAUGAGCAUAAAAGAGGGAAAGGGAAAUUAUAUUUAUUUGAAAAAGAAGAAUUAGAAAAAUACCAAUUAAUAUUUGGAGGCAAAACAUUAAUUAAAGGUAGUUUAUUAAAUUUUCUGUCUCAUAUAAAUAUAAACCUAAAUAAGAAUUUAUUAAUAAAUCAAAUAAAUGAUACUAUAAAUGAAUAUUUAAAAAAACGUAAUCUUAGUUAUAAUUCUAUAAUAGAGUUGAUAAAAUAUUUACAAAAAAACCCGAGUGUUAUACAUUUUAUUGAUUUAAUAAAAUUAGGAAAGAAUAUAUUAGAACGUUCUAAUGUAUUAUAUAUUAAGAAAGAAUGGUUUACUUUAUAUUUAUAUACUUUAUUAGAAUUGUUAGGUAUAGAAGUAAAUAUGGAGCAUGUAGAUGUACAUGAAGAAAGGGGAUUGAAAAAUGAACAUAAUAAUUAUAUUAGUGAGAAAUCAUAUGCUUUACAUUAUUUAUAUGUAUUAAGAAAUUAUAAUAAAAGGAUUGAAAUAAAGAAUCAGAUACAAAAUUAUGUUUUACAAUUUUUAUUACCUGAACAUAAAUUUGAUAUGGAAGAUUACCAACCUAUAUUAUAUGAAUUUUUGAAAGCUAUAAACGAUAGUAUGGAUGGAGAUUCUAUUACAUAUAAUGAAUUUAAAAAGAAGAAUCCUGAAGUAUACACGACUUUAGUUAGUGUUAUAAAAAAAGGUAUAGAAGAUUUCUUUUACACCAUGUUUAAUAAAAUAAUUGAAGAACAUCCUGAGUUAAAGGAAGAAAUAUAUUUUGAUGAUAAUUAUAAUGAUGAAGAAAAAGAUCGUUUCAGAUAUGCAAAUUAUACUUGGGAGAGAGCAAAUUUGAAUGAAAUAUUAACUUUAUAUUUUUAUGUGUUAAAUCCUGGUUUACGUAACGUUAUAUAUAAACAUUUUAUAAAAGUAAAUAUCAAAUGUUUAAAAGAUUAUAAAAAUUUUGAUUUUAAAGAAAUUUUUUCAUUUCUAAAUUAUGAUGAUAUAGGAGCUACAUUUUUAAAUUAUUUGAAAGAACAUGAAUUAUUUGAAAUACCACCAUUAAUAAUAUUCUUACGAUUUUUUUUUCAUGAAAAAAAUGAAGAAUUAUUUACAUUUAAUUCUAUAAGAUACAAAAUAAAUUCAUAUUUUGAAGGUAAAUCACUUGAUAGAAAAACCAAAGAAAUGAUAGCCAGAUUAGUUUAUUCCUUUUUUAUGAGGAUAUCUUAUUUAUCUGUAUCCUAUUUUGAUCAUGAUAUUUUUAAAAUCAUAAAUAAAAGUGAUUUAAAUAUUAUUAUAUUAUUUCAUACAAUAAUAAAUAAAAUUAAUUAUUUAUUAUAUUGUGGUACAGAGAAAUUAUUUAUUGAACGAUAUGCUCCUACUAAUUUAUUUGUACAAAAUCGAAUAUUUAAAAUAGACGCAGUCAAAGUAUUUCAUCAUUUUAUAUAUUCAUUACCUCCUUAUAUGAGAAAUGUUGUUUUCCAUUUUUUUAAAAGUAAUCAAUUUAUAGAUGUUACUAAAAAAUUAAUAAUAAAAUUUUUGCAACAUUCUCAUUCCUUAUUAGAUAUAACAAAUCAUAAAGAUGGUCAUUUUUAUCAAUUAAAAAAUAAUACAUAUAAAUUGGAAACAUUCUUAUUUUCCUGGAAAUAUAACUUUACAAAAAAUAAAAAUAUUAUAGAACCAACAUUUACAAAAUUUAUAGAAAAUAAACCAGUCUUUAAAAAUAUGCCAUUAUUAUAUAAUCGAAGGAUAAAAUAUGAUAGUAUCAAUGAAAAGUUACAAUAUAAAGAAGAAUUAGAUUUGCAUGAUAUGAUAGAUAAUGAAUCAUUCCAUCAAUUAUUAGAUUUAUUAAAUAAAGAAUCCAUAACAUUAGAACAACUCAGUUUUCUAUUUUCACGUUAUAUAACAGAACAUGCUAAUAUAAAGGAUUUCCCAAAAUUAUUUAUGUUUAAAAAAUAUGUAACAUAUGUACAAGAUGAAAAGUUCUUUAUAAAUUUAUAUGAAUAUUUAUAUAAUUAUCUACAUAAAGAAUUUGGAUUACCACAACCUAUAUAUGAAUUAUAUUAUGUAUUUAUUAAAACUUUUAUAGAAUAUAUAUUAUUACCAGAAAAAUUAACACAAGAGGAAAAAUCACAAAAUGUAUUAAAUUAUGAUUUACAAAAUAAAUAUAUGAAUUUCCAUCAUUUUGUACAAAAAUUAUGUUCAUGUCUAUUCAAUUUUUAUUAUUAUGAUGAAAUAUAUGAAUGUCAGCCUUUUGGUUUUUUUACAAAAGAAGAAUUUUCUUAUGAGCAACAAAUUUUUAAUAUAUUACAACAGCCAUUUAUAAAUAUAAGCCCUAUCAUAAAACAUAAUUAUAUUCAUGAUGAUUAUUAUAUGUAUGAAAAGGAUCUCAACGGAAAUUAUUUGAGUAGUAAUAUUAAUAAUAAUAAUAAUAAUAAUAAUAUUAAUAAUAUCGAUUCCAAUUAUGUUAAUCGUAGGGAUAAAAAUGGAGAUUAUAUACACGGUACCAACAUAAAUAGUGAUAUACUAUACCAUUUUAUAAAACAAUAUAUACCAUUAGUUGAACCAUCCGAUGAAGAACAUUUACAAAUCGAAGUAUUCAAGUUCAAAUAUUUUACAUUAGAAAUAACCAAAUUUGUUCUACGUCAUAUAUUAAAAAAACUCCCUUUUAAUUAUCUAAUACACAUGAAUUGGAAUGAUACUUACAUACAUAUAGACCAUAUAAUAAAUAAUCUUUUUUUACAUUUCUUUAAAAAAAAUAAAGCUCAUCUACUUCAACAAAAUCAAUUACAAGGGUUAACACAUAAAAUCAAUUUCGAAAACAACCUAGGUAAAGAUCACACGAAAGAUGAAUAUUUAUCAAAACAUAUACCGCAAAGUGCUCAAAAUUAUGAUAGAAAUAAAUUUUCAGGAACAAUAAAUAAUUUAUUAAAAGAUCCAAACAAUUUGCCACCGACAUAUAGACAUAUCAAAUAUUAUAUGGAUCAUUACAUAUUACAAUAUUCUUUACAUAAUCAUAUGUUAUUUAAAUAUUUACAUAAUAUAUUCCAACAUAUAGAUCAAUAUAAAACAUAUUUCCCUACAUUAGCUGAAUUAUAUUUAUAUAUUGACAAGAGGGUAACCAUAAUCAAUGUCAUAAAUAAUUCCUUUCUAUAUAAGAGGAUUCACACACGUGACGUAAUACACACAUUCUUGUUACUGUGUCAUGAGAUUGGUCUAGACCUUUACGAAUUAUAA